AGAUGCCUCAACACGAGAUCAAAGAUUCCAAUCUAAUGGCUUUUGCGCAAUGCUUGCGUUCUGAUCAAGCACGAGUCUUUGUAUCACUCGCACUUCUCUAGACAUUUUAAUCUGAACUCCGAAGCACGUUCUUUCCCCGCGACCUAACAUCACUUCUCUGUUCUUUCUUUGCCAUCCGUACCCCCCUCUCUAUUCCGGCGAGCGUUUACUCACCGCCGGCAAGACAAGCGGUUCCUGCCGGUCUUACAGAUUUUGCACAGCGGACUGGACAUGGCGAUGCUUACUGCCUCCCGUCGCCUCUCAUGUGCAUCGACGACGUCGCCAUUGGUAUGGAAUUUGCGUGCCGCUUGGUUGAGGUCAUUCUCAACAUCGUUCAGGGAGGAGAGAGACACCUUUGGACCUAUCCUUGUUCCCUCCGACAAGUUGUGGGGGGCUCAGACUCAGAGGUCAUUGCAGAACUUUGAUAUCGGUGGUGAACGUGAACAAAUGCCAGAACCUAUCAUUCGUGCCUUUGGCAUUCUUAAGAAAUGCGCAGCCAAGGUGAACAUGGAAUAUGGUCUUGAUCCAUCUAUUGGGAAGGCAAUAAUGCAGGCUGCUCAAGAAGUUUCCGAGGGAAAGCUCAAUGAUCAUUUUCCACUUGUCAUAUGGCAGACAGGAAGUGGGACUCAAAGCAACAUGAAUGCUAAUGAGGUAAUUGCAAAUAGGGCGGCUGAGAUUCUUGGCCACAAACGUGGAGAAAAGCUUGUGCAUCCAAAUGAUCAUGUUAAUAGAUCUCAAUCUUCAAAUGACACAUUUCCAACCGUGAUGCAUAUUGCUGCAGCAGUUGAAAUAAAUUCAAGAUUUAUACCGAGCUUGAAACAAUUACACACUUCACUAAAUUCAAAGUCUCUCGAAUUCAAAGAUAUCAUCAAGAUAGGACGCACACACACACAAGAUGCAACACCUUUAACUCUUGGACAGGAAUUCAGUGGGUAUGCUACUCAAGUAAAAUAUGGAAUUGAAAGAGUCAUGUGCACCCUACCCCGUAUGUAUCAGCUUGCACAAGGUGGUACUGCUGUAGGAACAGGAUUGAAUACAAAAAAAGGGUUUGAUGCAAAAAUUGCUGCAUCAGUAGCUGAGGAAACUAACCUACCAUUUGUUACAGCUGAAAACAAAUUUGAAGCUCUGGCUGCACAUGAUGCUUUUGUUGAAACUAGUGGAGCCCUAAACACGAUUUCUGCUUCUCUUAUGAAGAUUGCAAAUGAUAUACGCUUAUUAGGAAGUGGUCCACGUUGUGGCCUUGGAGAACUUAUUCUUCCUGAAAAUGAGCCUGGCAGCAGUAUCAUGCCUGGGAAGGUUAAUCCUACUCAGUGUGAGGCUCUCACGAUGGUUUGUGCUCAGGUUAUGGGAAACCAUGUGGCAAUUACAAUUGGUGGUUCAAAUGGCCAUUUUGAACUGAAUGUAUUCAAGCCACUGAUUGCUAGUGGUCUUCUGCGUUCACUGAGGUUGCUUGGGGAUGCAUCUACUUCCUUUGAGAAAAAUUGUGUUAGGGGGAUACAAGCCAAUCGUGAAAGGAUUUCAAAGUUACUACAUGAGUCCCUAAUGCUUGUUACUGCUUUGAACCCUAAAAUUGGAUAUGACAAUGCUGCUGCAGUUGCCAAGAAAGCACACAAAGAAGGAACUACUCUGAAGGAUUCUGCAAUGAAACUUGGAGUGCUUACUUCUGAAGAAUUUGACAAGCUUGUGGUACCCGGAAAGAUGAUUGGCCCCUCUGACUGACCUUAGAAAGAUGUAGGUGCUCUUAUGAACUGAGCAAUUCCUGAACUUCAGAGCCAAUUGCCCCGAAGUUCUAUUCUUGCACAACCUCCCAUCUCCAAUUGUUGGUUGGAUGGGGGUGGAUAUGAAGUGCUUAGAGAUGAUAAGGUUGUAACAUUGAUGUAUCAUGUACGAUAAAUAACUUGUUUUUUGGUGGUUGAUUUUUGGCUCAUGCAACCUGUCCUUAGCAGUUGCUUUAGGUUAACAAGGAGACCUCUCUUUCCCCUUUUAGAGUAAACAGCAAUUUGGAGGUAAAUACAUCUGUAGGCUAUGGAGAGGGUGAGGGGCCCAAGAAGUCUGGAAUUGUGGAUGACAUUUCCAGAGAGGCUCUCCUCUGAAAUAAAUAUUUUGUUGUGAAAGUAAAGAACCAGUUUUAUACUUGUAUUAUUCGUUAAAAGGAGAAAUGCACAUUUCUUCCCCUUUCCUUUC